AUGGAAAAAAAGCUGGUGACGAUCCUGGAUAAGGUCAGUGGCCACUACAAGACCGAUUACACCCGUCUAGAGUCAAAAACGAUCGAAAAAAGCGGAUUCCGACAAUGGUGCGAAAAAUACAUGGACGCCAACCCCACCGACAACCUUGAUAACAUCUUCCGACAAGUUAUGUUUGAGAAGAUCAUGCUACAACCAGAGGACAAGAGAGGACGAUCUCUAGCUGCUCUACUCGACUGCAUCACCUAUGAGUCUCAAACAACUUCAUCCGACGAGAAGCCGCUUCUAGAAUCAACUUUGACACUUGCUCUGGUCGAAGACAUUUUCGACAUUCACACAGUCGACUGGUGCCGCCACUUUUGGACCCACUACCUGGUAUCACGUGAGGAACAGCUGAUGAACGUGUCACGAAACCAGGCGUCAUCGAACUCGGUGACACGGCUUAGUGGCCGCAAGGCACCAGGCACCACCCUGAUUCGACUGGCCAAUGCUCUGCUGCGACGAGUGAGUAAGUCACGUGAUGCCGUUUUUGCCGGCGAGAUUCUUAUUUUUCUGUCACGUGCUUUCCCGCUGAGUGAGCGAUCUGGCUUGAAUCAGAAGGGCGAGUUCAAUGUGGAGAACAUCACUGUGUUUGAAGGAUACGAGGGAGCCAAGGAGCACAAGGAGGUUGAUGAAGAUGAAGAUGAAGAUGACGAUGAAGAUGACAAUGACGAUGACGAUGAAGAUGAAAAUGAAAAUGAAGACAAGGAUGUCGAUAUGGGCGUGGAUGAAAUGAAGGAAAAGGUGAAGGAGAAAACUGCUACUCCUGCCACCUCCAAGGAACAUACACAGGAGCCGUCUGACUCGCCAUAUGCACUGUUUUGGGGUUUACAAAAGUAUUUUGCCGAUCCUACAAUUUUGCUCAAUUCCAAGGAGCCAGAAGUUGAGAUGAACAAGCUUCAAACGUGUCUAAAAGCGACUGUCAAGACUCUGAGAAGUCAUGAUGGAUCUACGGAGAUUGCCCAAGGAGGAGGAACAAGAUGGGCGAAACGGGACUCUCGAGAAGGAGGAAACCGAGGCGGAAACACAUCAGCUGCGGGAGGGGGAAGUGGAGGUUCACGUGACUUUGGAAACUCGCGAGGGCAUUCUGCUAACAAUCAUUCGUCUCGAACAUUGAAUGCCAAGUGGUUGACUAAUCCGGACUUAUUCACACUGCAGUUGUCCGACACCAACUUCCGACGAGCUAUCUGGACCCAGAUUCUUAUCUUUUCCGAGUUUAUGCUUUCGCUGACCGAGAAGAACAAGGCAAAAAUCCCUGCCACAGCUACAAACAGAAGCGUCCAGUACCAAUACACGCUUUCUGCUGCAGAUGAGAUAUACUUUGAAUCUGUUGUCGCUCAUUUCGAGUCAUCGGGCAAGAACAAGCCCCCCUAUAAGCCUGGUCACAGUCCUGAUUUCAACGCAGUGUUGUCUCGCAUCAUUCCUCAUGUCUUCAAGUUUGACGAAAAGUGGGUCGAGUGGAAGCUAGAGAACUGUCCUGCCUACGAGAAGCCCGUCAUGAACAACAUUGACGAGGUUGAAGGUGUUGAGGAGCUCAUUACAAAGCUGGGCCAUGUUCGACCUCGAUGGAGAUACGAGAUGGGUACCGAAGCUCUCACAAAAAUCAUGGCUGUUGAGUGCGGUCUUUCUCUACUGGAAAAGAAGCCGGAUCUCCCCUCUAUUGGCACUCCUCAGGUAUAUAUUGACAAGCUGAGUGAGCUUGAUAAGGUCAAGAAGCUGGACUGGGACUUCCUGGAUGAGGCGGAGCAGGCCAAGUGUCUGGAAGAUAUCUCUGCUGCUGACUGGCUCGGCUGGCGAGCAGCACGUGUGGGUGGUCUUUGGAGCAAGCUGGGUGAGGCUACUGUUCUUAACGAGGUUGUCAACGGAGCCAAGGACCAGAAGGAUACACGGGAGAGCGUGGAUAUUGAGGAGGGAGGGGCGGUUGAAGUGGAAGAGGAGGCUGAUGAGGAGGCUGAGGCUGAGAACGCUGAUACCGAGUGUAUUAAGCGACCGUUGGAAGAGUCUGAGGGGGAUGACGAGGGCACUCCUAGCAAGAAGAUCAAGAAGGAUGAGGAAGCAGAGGUGGAGCCUGUGGCGGUCCAGGAUUCUGACUCCAAGGCACUGAGCGUUGUCAAGGAAGAGGCCGAGGCGGAUGCCUAG